AUGGGUGACUACAGUAUAGAUAACUCUUUACUACAUACAACCGACUACAGAGCUCGCUUCAAUACAGUUUUAUACCUCAAAAAUUUCUAUUCCGGCGUUGACAAAGAUCCAAAUGAAGCACCCCUUGUAGCAUUUUUUCUUGAACAUUGCACUCGAAUCAUGCAAGAUGAAAGAAACAGAUUCGGUAAUCGAAAAGCACUCGAAAGCUCAAAGGAAAAGCGUCUCGAAUGGGAAUCUCGUCUUCGCGCUGCUCUUUGUCGAGGAGGUCUAUCGGCAUGUGAUGUUAAUGAUCCCAACUGGCCAGUAUUAAGUGGCAAAAGCAACGACUAUGAUAUCAUUUUUAGGAGCCUUUGCUUGGAAGCUGCUUGUUUAACGAUUGAAAUUUUCAAUGAAACCAUUCGAAGACUUGUUCGAUUACUAAAACCAGGUGGCCUUCUUCUACUCGUUAUGGUUCGAAAUGAAUCAUUUUAUUACGUUGACAAAGAAAAAUUCUUUUGCUUGCCGUUGAAUGAAGCAAAAGUAGAAAAUGCAUUGCAUGCAACUGGGGAACUUAUGGAUAUUCAUAUUGAUAGUUCGGACACAACAGUCGAAGAUCAGGAACGCAAUACUAUGUCAAAUUUCGAUGGAGAAAUGAUAAUACAUGCAUACAAAACUAAAAAUAUUGAAUAA